UUGUUUAUAUAUAAUGGAGGAAACACGCGCGCCGAGCUUUAUGCUCAUCCAAUCUUUAUUGAAGAUGACGCAAAUUUUGUCAGUUUACUUCGCUGCGUCAGUUUUAGUUGCAUUGUGCCAUUGUGUGUCAACAAAACUUGAUGUUUUCGAAGAUGAGAAAUCUCCUACAUCAAGUAAAGAAGACGAAGAUGUUGAAGUGAAGCAUACGAUAGUUGUGUCUACGAAACUGAAAAACAACAGAGCAGGUUUACACGCAACAGGUGAUCAAGAAGCAAUGUUUCUAUCAAGAGGCAAUUCACAUAAAGAUACCGACAGUGCUGAAGUCCCAAUCGUUAAAGCUUACAAAUCGGUAGACACAACUGCAAUACGCACACCUGAUACCCGCCUUAAGAAUCAAACACCCAGGCCAUUUGUCAAAACUUCCAGAGAUGAAGCUGAUAUCUAUCCAAACACAGCUUUCAGUCCCGUCUGGAGACCAUCGACAUUCUACAAUAAUGUACACUAUUGGAGCCAAGACGAUUUCUAUAAUAUAGUUAGAGCAAAUAGACCAGACUACCGUAGUAUAAACAGAAGGCCCAAUGACGACGGCGUCCGGGAAUUUUAUUGUCGUAAGUGCAGAGAACUCAGUAAUGGCAGAGGAUGUGUGCAAAAAACGAAUUCGUGGCUUCGUGAGAGCACGACUCAAAAGACAAAGGUAGAUGGUAAAUUAGCGAAAUUAAACUAAUAGUCCUCCCAUGACUUGUAACAAAAACGAGAUGAUGCUAUCUGUAACCUUGAAGCGAAACACGGGCAUGCGCUCAUCGUCGCUGCAUGAUGGUAAUCAUUAUUAAAUAUUUUAAUACGUGUGUUGCUUGAUUUAAUUUGUUUAAACAUUAAAGUAUGGUGCAAAUAUGUCUACAUAAUACAUCACCAGUUGUGCAGUGUAAAUUAUGAUUUACUAGCUUUCCACCCGCGGCUUCGCCCGCGCAGUCAAGGAAAAACCCGCAUAGUUCCCGUUCUCGUGGGAUUUCCGGAAUAAAACCUAUCGUAUGUUCCGGGGUAAAAAGUAGCCUAUCUUAUCCUAUCUAUUCCUAUUCUUUCUCGGGUAUCAAAAUAUCUCUAUACCAAAUUUCAUGCAAAUUGGUUCAGUAGUUAAGGCGUGAUUGAGUAAC